GCCUGUUCACUGAGUACAAAGGUUGCAAACAAAGUAAAGUGCUGUUGCAACAUAUUACUUCUUUUUAAUGCACAGGAAACACACAACUAUACAUAUGAUCUCUCAGAAAAAAUAGAAAGAUUUUGAACAUGAAAAUCCCUUGGCUAAUGAUCUGGAUUGGAGCACUGUUCUCCGAUCCAGUCACAGCUGACUGCGAUACUACUUCUCUUUCUGUUACUUGUGAGGAAUCUGGAAAGAAUUACUCUUCUAUCCCUAACUCUCUAAAUAAAAGUGUUACUAAACUGUGUCUUAGUAAUAACAACAUUACUUUAAAUGAUUCUGACAAAAAGGUUCUUCAGCUAUUUAUUAACUUGACUGAACUCUAUCUGAAUGAAAAUGCCAUUACUGUGCUACAUAAUAAUACCUUCUGCAAUCUGUUAAAACUCACAGUUCUAGAUAUUAGUAGUAAUUAUAUCAGUACAAUCGAACAGGCUGCAUUUACAGGCCUAAAUCAACUAUCCAUAUUGAAUCUAAAUCAUAACAAAAUAUCCCAGUUGGAUUCUGACACAAUUACAACACUAAAAAACCUGACAAUUUUGAGACUACAGGACAAUUUGUUGAAGUACUUUGAUGUAAAAGCAUCAUUUAAACUGAUUACCUUAAAUGGAAAUCCAUGGAAUUGUUCCUGUGGCCUGCUCAGUUUACAGAAAUGGUUGAAUACCUCAAACGUGACAAUGGAACAUGAAAAUGACACUCUGUGUGCUUAUCCAGAUGUCUGGAACAAAUCUUCUAUCAAGACUGCACCUAUCCAAAAAUCUGAUUGUGACUCAAGAAGAGGCUCUAUAGCAGUCACUACACCUUCCACAUCUGCCAUCAGUCCUAAAAACAUUGCCAUUUUAACAUUUUCUCUCAACUCUUCAAACAACAAUAUUAGGAGUAAUGCAUCAAAUCCAGGUUCUCCACCUCUUGGCAAAACUUGGGCCUUUCUUCUGGGUGUUCUGGUGUUUGUCCUAAGCACUUCACUACUGAUUUUUAUUGCCAUAAAAUUCCCACGGUGGUACCUCUACUUGAUCAGCUACAAUCACCGUCGUCUGGAAGAGUAUGAACCAGAAAUAUUUGACAAGGAGUUCACAACUGAUCUGAGCACUUUUCCAUCAAUAUCAAAUACCAAUGAGCACGAUGCCAUUGUAGCAUUUGAACAAACUCAUACAUUUGUACUUGAGGAGGAUGGAUUUAUUGAAGACAAAUAUAUAGACGACCCUGGAUUAAUUGAAAAGGUCUAAAAUUCUUAUAUGAUGGAUGAUCAUUUGGCUUUACAAUAGCUGAUUAUAUAGGAUCAAUCCAUUCAAAAUCUUGUAUAUAAAUAUAUCUAGUAUGUAUCACAGACAGAACUCAAAGCUCUCAAUCCCUCUUUUUUGGACAAAUGUGUGGCACAUGUAUUAACUGUAGAGGUAGGAAAUCUGGCGUUGUGAAUGUAUUACCACAGUAACAAAUAUUUCAAAGUACAUAAGCAUAUACUCCAUAUGUCUGACACUAAAAUCUCACUGUUUGAUUAUAGUGGGGGAAAAUAACACCUACUUCUUAUAUAGUAUUUUCAUCAGUAGAUCUCAAAACACUUUA